UAGUAAUCAACAUGUCUGGUCGCGGUAAAGGAGGUAAAGGCCUCGGAAAAGGAGGCGCCAAGCGUCACCGAAAGAUCCUUCGGGAUAACAUCCAAGGUAUCACUAAACCAGCCAUCCGUCGUCUUGCUCGCCGUGGUGGAGUCAAGCGUAUCUCUGGUUUGAUCUACGAGGAGACUCGUGGUGUUCUCAAAGUUUUCCUUGAGAACGUGAUCCGUGAUGCUGUGACAUACACCGAGCACGCCAAGAGGAAGACUGUGACAGCCAUGGAUGUGGUGUACGCUCUGAAGAGACAAGGCCGCACUCUCGAAAUUCCUUGUAAAAUCAUGGCUCCCAAAGUUGCAGGAAAGAAAGGCGAGAAGAAAGCCGGUAAGGCAAAGGCUAUUGCUGCUGAUGGAAAGAAGAAGAGAAGAGGAAAGAGAAAGGAAAGCUAUGCUAUCUACAUCUACAAAGUGUUGAAGCAAGUUCACCCCGACACUGGUAUCUCCAGCAAAGCCAUGGGCAUCAUGAACUCGUUCGUCAACGACAUCUUUGAGCGCAUCGCCACCGAAGCCUCCCGUCUGGCUCACUACAACAAGAAAUCGACCAUUAGCUCGCGCGAGAUCCAGACCGCCAUCAGGCUGCUUCUGCCCGGUGAACUGGCCAAACACGCCGUCAGCGAAGGAACCAAGGCUGUGACCAAGUACACCAGCAGCAAGUAAACUCACUUUGUGGGUUUCCCGCCAAAAAAAACAAACGGCUCUUUUAGGAGCCACCAAAUGUUAUAAAAGUCUGGUCAACGUACCACAAAAAUCCGAACUUAAUCGACGGACUUUAUGUUCGCAUUUUUCCCGCUGAAUAAAAAAAAUAAUUAUCUAUCACAGAAAUUAAAGGUAGCUAGCAGUUGAGAUUCAAUCGCCAAUGAGUAAAAUUCAAGUUCAGAGCUUUACUAACAUAAUUUUCUCUGGGUGAGAUUUAGUUUACUUCUCUAACUUCAUGUUUGAUUUCAAACUGAAUUAGUCGUAAAAUUUUUAUAAAGCUUGUUUGAAAUG